AUGGAAAGGAGGGUCCGAGAGCUUUGUGAGUUGACGUUGGCUUCGCGGGGUAGUCCCAUAGACGUCUGGUCGGUACCUGCCGUUCGGCAAGUUGCUGUGUCGACGGCAGCCUUGGUCGGCAGAAUUGGUUUGAGGGCAGAUUCGACAGGCUCGUUCGUUCUCCUUGCGCCGUGUUCAUAUCAAGGUUUGUGCCGAUCGGCAAGCUCCAAGGAGUGCGGGGUGAAUCCGUAG